CGACUUUACCUGCUACACCACAGCACUGGCCCCUGUAUGUUCACUUUUAACAUUGAUAAUAUUCCUGUAGGUGGCCUUUGACCCUGACUGUUUGGAAUUUGUUAUUUUAUUUCCUCAGGUGGCAGUUUUAUCUGAUGGGUUUUAACUUCAGAUCUCUGAAAGUUUACUUUCCUUUCUCUAGGCAUUAGCAACAAAUUAAGUAAGAUCUGCUGUCAUUUGCAACUGAAGCUAUUUGUUUACUUGUUGGCCUUGGGAAGUCCUCCAGUUUGUUAAACAAAAGAAUCUUAAGGAAGUUAAGUAUAGCUUAGAAGAGCAGAGUUUAUCUGUACAUUUUACUCCCUGGGUUUUCUGUCUUUACUAAGCAGCCUUGAGUUUACUAGAUUUUUGUUGUUGAAUACAGACUGCCAGUUUACAUCCUGGCUGCUCACUUGCAGUUCAGCGUUAUGCAAAGGUUCCUGAGAAGGUGGCAGAUGAUGGCCCAAGUGCCCGGGUCCCUGCCCCCACAUUGGAGACCAGGAUGCAGUGUCUGGCUUUGGCCUGGCCAGCCCUAGCUGUUGCAGCUAUCUAGGGAGUGAACCAGUGGAUAGAUGAUCUUUCUCUGUCAUUCUCCCUUUCAAGUAAAGAAAUUUUAAAAAAUAAAAAAGCAAAAACAAACAAACACCACUACAUACAUUGCAAGAUGAUCAUGUCUCACUUGGCUAAAGCCUAAGAAAACCAUCCAUUGUAACAAAAUCUAAUGAAAGCUUGCUGACAUGGCUCAUAGGUAUUAAAGACUACCAAGACCAAAAUAAUAAUAAAAUUCAGCACAGGAACACUAUCUAUUUCAAAACAUUUCAUUUGUUUUUCUUAGUUGCUGCUGUUGACCCUGAAAAUCGGUCAAAUCGAGCUUCUGGUGUUAAUUUGGGGUUGUUAUCAGUUUUCUGCAUGUACAAGUAAUUGAGUUUGAACUGUGUUUUAAGCCUGAAUUAAAAGAACUUAGUCACUGGUGACUCAUGGUGAGAAGUUCUUCCUUUCCCCUGCUGGAACUUACCGUUGCCUCCGACAUGGCCUCUCUGAAAUGCUGAAAACCUGAGGAAACCUACUUUUGUGUAGCAGACUCUGGAAAAAUUCUUCUAGGUUUAAAGUGGUACAUUUACCAUUAAUGCUUCUUAGUAGUGAGCACUAACUACAGCGGACUUUCCCAACUUCAGUACAGAUUUCUUGAGUCUGUGCCUUUAUGGAAGUCUUUUCAUACAUGAAAUCCUCAGAAUUCUAGAUCAUUUAUGAAUGACCACCGGGACUCUAUUUUGUUCCUUAUUGUCUUCCUAAUGCUUAGACAAGUCAGUUCAUAAGUGUGUGUUGAGUGAAGUCACAGACAUUCUUAAUAAUAACACAUCUUAGAAAAAUAAUGAAAGUCUGUUGAAACAAAUUUUUUUCUAGCCCUUUUGAGUGAGGUGAUCAUCAAUUCACAGUCGACCUAGUUUGGGAAGUACUCCGUUUUAGCCCAAGGUACUUCUGUGCUAAUAAUCCAUUGGUUGUGCCAACCUUAAGUCUCCUUAGUGGAUCACUUACAAAAGGAAGGGCCAAUCGGCACCACGCAGAGGCCCUUGCACCUGUGGGAACCAAUGGGGGUUGUAACAGGAAGUAACUGCAGCUUGCAGUACUGAUAGUAAUGAGCGCACCAGGCCCUGCCGUUCGCAUCUGCAGUUCCUUGUUAGGAUUACACAAGGUUUCUGCAAGAUGUUUUUUAUACAUAAGCCGAAGAGAGAAGUCACUUUAACUUUGAAAAUUAUAAUGUGAAUGGUUUUUUGAGUUUUCUUCCUCAUCAAGGAGUUGGCACACCAUAAAUACAAGAGACUGAAAUUAUAAAGGAGAAAAAAAGAUUACUGCUAAAAUGAAUCUGAGCAAUCCAGUGCAUUUUCUGCCACACACAAAAAGGUACUGAGGUCUGCAGAAGAGUUUGUCAAUGAGAGGUAAAGGUAUCCAAAAGCAGGGUGCUUGCAGUGCUGGUCACCAUGCGUAAAGGGGCCCCCAAGGAUCCGGAGAUUGCAGAUCUGUUCUACAAAGAUGAUCCUGAAGAGCUCUUUAUUGGUUUGCAUGAAAUUGGACAUGGAAGUUUUGGAGCAGUUUACUUUGCCACAAAUGCGCACACCAAUGAGGUGGUGGCGGUUAAGAAAAUGUCCUAUAGUGGGAAGCAGACACAUGAGAAAUGGCAAGAUAUUCUUAAGGAGGUUAAAUUUUUACGACAAUUGAAGCAUCCUAAUACCAUUGAGUACAAAGGUUGUUACUUGAAAGAGCACACUGCCUGGCUGGUGAUGGAGUAUUGCUUAGGCUCAGCCUCUGAUCUGUUAGAAGUUCAUAAGAAACCACUUCAGGAAGUGGAGAUUGCUGCCAUUACUCAUGGUGCCUUGCAGGGCCUGGCCUACCUGCAUUCCCAUGCGUUGAUUCACAGGGAUAUUAAAGCAGGAAAUAUUCUUCUAACAGAGCCAGGUCAGGUAAAACUAGCUGAUUUUGGAUCUGCCUCCAUGGCUUCUCCUGCCAAUUCCUUCGUGGGCACGCCUUACUGGAUGGCCCCAGAGGUGAUCUUAGCCAUGGAUGAAGGACAGUAUGAUGGGAAAGUUGAUAUCUGGUCACUUGGGAUCACCUGUAUUGAACUGGCUGAACGGAAGCCCCCCCUUUUCAACAUGAAUGCAAUGAGUGCCUUGUACCACAUUGCCCAGAAUGAUUCCCCCACGCUGCAGUCCAGUGAAUGGACGGACCCCUUUAGGAGAUUUGUAGAUUACUGCUUGCAGAAAAUACCUCAGGAAAGGCCAACGUCAGCGGAACUAUUACGGCAUGACUUUGUUCGAAGAGAGCGGCCACCACGUGUCCUCAUUGACCUUAUACAGAGAACAAAAGAUGCUGUUCGUGAGCUCGAUAACCUACAGUACCGGAAAAUGAAAAAAAUCCUCUUCCAAGAAACACGGAACGGACCCUUGAAUGAGUCACAGGAGGACGAAGAAGACAGUGAACACGGAACCAGCCUUGGCAGGGAAAUGGACAGCCUGGGCAGCAACCAUUCCAUCCCGAGCAUGUCCGUGAGCACGGGCAGCCAGAGCAGCAGCGUGAACAGCAUGCAGGAGGUCAUGGACGAGAGCAGCUCCGAGCUCGUCCUGAUGCAUGACGACGAAAGCACCAUCAAUUCCAGCUCUUCCGUUGUGCACAAGAAGGAUCAUGUAUUCAUAAGGGAUGAGGCGGGCCACGGCGAUCCCAGGCCUGAGCCGCGGCCUACCCAGUCAGUUCAGAGCCAGGCCCUCCACUACCGGAACAGAGAGCGCUUUGCCACGAUCAAAUCAGCAUCUUUGGUUACACGGCAGAUCCAUGAGCAUGAGCAGGAGAACGAGCUGCGGGAACAGAUGUCAGGUUAUAAGCGGAUGCGGCGCCAGCACCAGAAGCAGCUGAUCGCCCUGGAGAACAAGCUGAAGGCUGAGAUGGACGAGCACCGCCUCAAGCUGCAGAAGGAGGUGGAGACACAUGCCAACAACUCGUCCAUCGAGCUGGAGAAGCUGGCCAAGAAGCAAGUGGCUAUCAUAGAAAAGGAGGCAAAGGUAGCUGCAGCAGAUGAGAAGAAGUUCCAGCAACAGAUCUUGGCCCAGCAGAAGAAAGAUUUGACAACUUUCUUAGAAAGUCAGAAGAAGCAGUAUAAGAUUUGUAAGGAAAAAAUAAAAGAGGAAAUGAAUGAGGACCAUAGCACACCCAAGAAAGAGAAGCAGGAGCGGAUAUCCAAGCAUAAAGAGAACUUGCAGCACACACAGGCUGAAGAGGAAGCCCACCUUCUCACUCAGCAGAGACUGUACUACGACAAAAACUGUCGUUUCUUCAAGCGGAAGAUAAUGAUCAAGCGGCAUGAAGUGGAGCAGCAGAACAUUCGGGAGGAACUCAAUAAGAAGCGGACGCAGAAGGAGAUGGAGCACGCCAUGCUGAUCCGGCACGACGAGUCCACCCGAGAACUGGAGUACCGGCAGCUGCACACGCUACAGAAGCUACGCAUGGAUCUGAUCCGUUUACAGCACCAGACUGAACUGGAAAACCAGCUGGAGUACAAUAAGAGGCGAGAAAGGGAACUGCACAGAAAGCAUGUCAUGGAACUUCGGCAACAGCCAAAAAACUUAAAGGCCAUGGAAAUGCAAAUUAAAAAACAGUUUCAGGACACUUGCAAAGUACAGACCAAACAGUAUAAAGCACUCAAGAAUCACCAGUUGGAAGUUACUCCAAAGAAUGAGCACAAAACAAUCUUAAAGACACUGAAAGAUGAGCAGACGAGAAAACUUGCCAUUUUGGCAGAGCAGUAUGAACAGAGUAUAAAUGAAAUGAUGGCCUCUCAAGCGUUGCGGCUCGAUGAGGCCCAAGAAGCAGAAUGCCAGGCCUUGAGGCUACAGCUCCAGCAGGAAAUGGAGCUGCUCAACGCCUACCAGAGCAAAAUCAAGAUGCAAACAGAGGCACAGCAUGAACGUGAGCUCCAGAAGCUAGAGCAGAGGGUGUCUCUGCGCAGAGCACAUCUCGAGCAGAAGAUUGAAGAGGAGCUGGCUGCCCUCCAGAAGGAACGCAGCGAGAGAAUAAAGUACCUACUGGAAAGGCAAGAGCGAGAGAUCGAGACUUUUGACGUGGAGAGCCUCAGAAUGGGGUUUGGGAAUUUGGUCACAUUAGAUUUUCCUAAGGAGGACUAUAGAUGAGAUUAAAUUUUUUGCCAUUUACAAAAAAAAAAAAGAAAAAAGAAAACAGAAAAAAAUUCAGACCCUGCAAAACCACAUUCCCCAUUUUAACGGGCGUCGCUCUCACUCUCUCUCUCUCUUCCUCUUACUGACAUCGUGUCGGACUAGUGCCUGUUUAUUCUUACUCCAUCAGGGGCCCCUUCCUCCCCCCGUGUCAGCUUUCAGUGCUGGCCAACACCUGGCCACCCCUCUACUCAUAGUACACGUCACAGUAUUGAUGUGAUUCAACAGUUGCAGUGAAAACUGUGGAGACAGUCUUAACCAAACCAACAGACCAACAGCAGCAACAACAAAGUGGAUGUAUAUUGCUUUAAGCAAUCACUCAUUGCCACCAAUCUGUGAAAGUACAGCAAAAAAAUAAAUAAUACUAAUAAAUGCCAAGGGGGAGAGAGACACAAUAUCCGCAGCCUUACACCUUAACUAGCUGCUGCAUUAUUUUAUUUUAUUUUAUUUUUUUGGUAUUUAUUCAUCAGGAAUUAAAAAAAAAAAACAAAGUUUUAUUAAAGAUUGAAAAUUUGAUACAUUUUACAGAAACUAAUUGUGAUGUACAUAUCAGUGGUGACAUAUUAUUACUUUUUUGGGGCUGGGGGGGUGGGGGGGUGAAGAGAUCUUGUGAUUUUUAAGAACCUGCUGGCAAGCGUUUAACUUGUCUUCAGCAUACUCUGAUUGUAUCAUAAUCAUUUUCUGCUGUUGCAGAGGAUGUGAAUACACUUAAGGAGCUCACAGAAUCCCAGUAGCACAAAUUGGGCUUUGGCAAAUCGUGUAUUUUGUGUAUAGAAGGAAUUUAAGGAGAGGUAUUACUUAUUUUCAUAUUGUAUUUUAACUGUUUCUCUGAUCAAAUUUUUUUACUUCCUCCUCCUAUUCCUCCCCACCCCCUCUUUUUCCAAUUCAGUAUUUGGAGUUCAACACUGUCUCUCAAUCAGAUGAUCUUGAUCUUUUUCUUUAUUUCCCUUUCCCUUCCUGAGUCCCAUAUCUUGGUCAUAAAUAUUGCAUUAUUCACACUUUCAAACCGUGUAUUUUCUUACAAUAAAAAAUGAUGAAAAAAAAAAGGCUUUACUUCUUUUGCAUGCACUUUAAAAACAAGACAAAACAUUUUUCAGGUUCCAAGGAAGAGCAUGAUAACUGUCAGAGCUUUUAAUUAUAUUUGUAAAUAAAAGUGUUCACCACAC